AAAGCCUUUAAAACGUGGAGUGUUUGUGAGGAUAAAUACAUCUCCCUCUUCACUUCCUCCAUCGCCAAAUUCUGUCACCAACAAAUUAAAGAGCGCAGAGCAGAUAAGUAAAGUGAAUCAAACUCAGAAAAAGUUGAUUAAUUAUUUAAGAUGGUGAGAGCUCCUUGCUGCGAUAAGAUUGGUGUGAAGAAAGGGCCAUGGAGCCCAGAAGAAGAUCAGAUUUUGAUCUCUUACAUUCAGAGAAAUGGCCAUGGCAAUUGGCGAGCUCUUCCCAAACAAGCUGGAUUGUUGAGAUGCGGCAAGAGUUGCAGGCUCCGGUGGAUAAAUUACCUUAGCCCGGAAAUAAAGAGGGGAAAUUUCACCAAGGAAGAAGAAGACGCCAUUAUCCACUUGCAUGAAACGCUUGGCAAUAGAUGGUCAGCAAUUGCUGCAAGAUUACCAGGUCGUACAGACAAUGAAAUCAAGAACGUCUGGCAUACCCACUUGAAGAAGAGGCUCUCAAACUACGAGCCCACCAAGAAGCACCCAACAAAAACUACUACCGCCACAUCCGAAAAACAUUCCGACAUUCAACAUGGUACGGGCCCCACCUCGCCCCACCAAACCUCCAGCAGCGACGACAUGUCAUCGUCGUCGUCGGCGACAGAUUCCUCGGCCAUAACGGAAGAUCCGGCAAUGAUUAAGCUGGAAAACGCUGAUUCAGCGGAAGGGUUCGUGGAAAUUGAUGAGAGCUUUUGGACAGAAGUGCCAAGUUUUGGGUCCACAGUUUCCAGCCUGGAAAACUUUAUGGAACAAAGUGGGGGGGAUAUGAAUAUGAAUAUGAUGGUGGAGGAUGACAGGGACUUUUGGUACAAUCUUUUCGUGAGAGCUGGGGAACUUACAGAAUUAUUAGAGUUUUGAGGGCUAGUUUGCAAAUUAGAGGUGUAUAGGGGGGUGGGUAUAAUAUUUAGGGGGCAUUCUUGACCGUUAACUCUCUCCGGGACAGAAGAUUAAUCUGAAGAAAGAUAGGACAUACGAAACCAACAAAACUUUUUAAGGUUUUAUAUUCUUUAAUUUGUUUUUCUUUUUCUUUUUAACAGAAGCAGAUAAUAUUGUAUUGAGUAUAGACUUGUAAUAAUGUUUAAUAAUAAUAAUAAUAUGAAUCAUUCGUUGUACGAGCGCU